AUGAUCCACAAUCAAAGCAAUCUCCAAAUCGAAAAAAAUGGGAAAAUAGAAUAUGAGAAUGUGAAUGUGAAAAAGAGGGAGGGCAAGGUUAGAAAAGUAAGUAAGGAGUAUCCAGAAGGUUUAAGAAGACUUGCAACUAGAAUGAAUUUUGGAAGGGUUAGUGCAGCUGUGAAAGUGAUAUCACAUACACAAAAAAAUGGGAUUGUGUCUAUGGGUUUUGGAUCACUUCUGAAUAUUGAUAUGGACAAUACUUCGGGGUUACUUAACUACUAUCUCUUAGAUUACUAUGAUCCACAAAGUACCCGUCUAUUUCUAGAAAAGUUUGUGAUUACAAUUAACAAAGAAAUGGUGCAUGAUAUGUUGGGAUUUGUGGAAUCAACAUUGAGUGGUACAAAUCAAAUAAAUGUAGUUAAUAAGUUGGUGUUGGUGAAAGAAUUUUCCAAGAUUGAUUGGUGUAAGGAUAUUUUAGAUUGUUUGCUUAACAGAAAACAGUUGUGGAGAAGAGAUGAUAAGACAUGCUAUUACAGUGGACCUAUACUCAUUUUGACGCUGGUGUAUGUGUAUAACAUGAAGUUCUCAAACGUGAAGAUAAUGAAAAGGGUAUUGUUUGUCCGACAUGUUACGGGUGAUGUUCUUGAAAAAAUAGAGAAGUUGGAGAUUAAUAUGGGAGGAUUUGGAAGGAAACUAUAGGAGGAAUUUGGAUAUGUUUAUAUUGAUGAUGAAAUUAUGGAUGAAGAUGAAAUGUUGGAGGGUCUUAAGCGAGAUUAUGGGGAUGAGGAGGU